AUGGUUGCAGCUGGGAAUCCCAAUUAUCAUGGACGAAGAGAUGGUGGCCGCGGAAGAGAAUCAGUAAUAGCAAGAAUCCGUCUUGGAUGCAAACAUCCAUGGAAAUUCGGAAUGGAAAAACAGUUGAACAGCGGAGUUGCAGAAUCUGUGAUGGAAGAAUCCCAGGAUGAUCUGGCUGUUAUCCACGCCGUCCUGGAGAUGGGUACAGGGGAUGAAGACAUGGUGGAGCCGGAGGACCUCACUGAGAGAGAGAGAGGUGAGAGAAUCAUAGAUGUUCUCAUCCCACCUUGCGAAUGGCAGGAUGAACAAGGCGUCAACUGGAUCCAGAGGGUGUCGCGGGCGCCACCCAGCAGGACGGCGGUCAUCCAGCUCUGGGAACAACUGGACCUGAAGAUCCAGGAACAACAGGCAAGAACAAAAGGCAUUUGUGCUAUACGGCGGGCCUUGUACCGUGAGUGUUAUGACGAGUUGAUUCGACAGGUGACGUUAGACUGUCCUGAACGUGGGCUCCUGCUGUCUAGGGUCCGGGAUGAGGCCAGUAUGACCGUAUCAGCCUUCCAGUGUCUCUUCCAGAGCGCCUCCGAGUUCGGAGCCACCAAAGCAAUUCAGUCAGAGAGCGGGAAGUGGGAGCUGGAGGGGGAACUGAGCCAACUGGAGGACGGCGUGGCUGGACUGGAGGCCGAGGUGCGCCGACUGGAGGCGUGGAAAAGACAGGUGGCGCAGAGGUGGGAGGAACGACGCGAGGUGCAAAUGGCCUUGUUUACCGAGGAGCUGGAGUGUCUGGAACGGUCCGAGAAGCAGUACCAGGUGCUGAUCGAGACGCUCCUGGCCAGCAGGAACUCCUGAGGCAGCAGUGUUCAGUGUUCAUCAUGAACAGCCAGCGGCCCGCGCCACACAGCGGUGAAGGCGGUGGUCAUUCACACAGUCAAUAGGUCACCUUUUAACGUUCUCGUAACCUCCUGAACUAAGUAAUUAAAGUGAGGGAACGCUUGUUACCUUGCCUGCUUGGGUAGUUAAUUGUUCUCACCAAGUUGUGCUUGCGGGGGUUGAGCUUCGACUCUUUGGUCCCGCCUCUCAACUGGUUCACUAUACAACAGGCUCCUGAACCUAUUGGGCUCUAUCAGUAUCCAUUGUUCAGUGUCCAACUGCCACAAUGGACAGUUUCAUAUAGUGUAGUGCAUUUGUUUACACAGUAUACCUCCUGUCUGUCUGUCCCCACACAGUAUACCGCCUGUCUGUCUGUCCACACACACAGUAUACCUCCUGUCUGUCUGUCCCCACACAGUAUACCUCCUGUCUGUCUGUCCCCACACAGUAUACCGCCUGUCUGUCUGUCCACACACACAGUAUACCUCCUGUCUGUCCACACACCCACAAAUUGGCUUAAUUAUUGCAUAUUUAAAGAACAUUAAACAUUAUAAACCUGGAUAAAAUCAGCAGAAGCCCCGAACAGGAUUCGAACCCGUACCCGUGGUUCUCCAAACUACACGCCACGCUACACUGGAACCAUAACUCAUUGAUUUUCUCCUCGAUACACCACGUUAUUGUGAGUUCUUUGUACGUUAAAACUCUCAAUAAAUCCUCUGUAAUUGC